AUGACAGCCACUGACCGACAAGAACAAAAGCGACCCGGGAAACUUGGCAAAAGCCUCGAUCCUGUGUAUCAAUGCGUUAAAUCCCUGAAGUACUGCGUCAGUAAGGAAGACGUUGGACUGAUCAGUUUCCGCACAACUGCACUAUUCGACAAAAAGCACUUUACAAGCAAGGCUUGUGAAGAGUUUCACAACUUUGAUCUACCAGCUGAGGUAGUAACUCAAAACCCGGUCAUCUUCAAAGACGUCAUCGACCGGACUACAGAUCAUGCUGUCGAGGGUUACGAACACGGCAAGAUUUUGCAGAUAUUUGGAUCUCCGAUGUCAAAUAUGCUGACGUUUGACCGGAUGACAACUCUCAAAACCAACAACAACAGCAACUACGUCGCCUUGGUCAGACACUGCGCCGACUCGCCGCUCUGUGAAACAGCCAUCACACUACACGGUGCAUUUAUUGAAGAGGCCACCUUAUUGCAAUACCUCAGACUAGUCAAUACCACUCAAAACGCAUUUGAAUCAAACACACAUCGUGAUCUGCAACAUUCCUUCCACUUUAUGGACGAUAGUUUGGAUUCAGCUGGGUAUGGCAUUGCUCUAUUAACUAAAGCACCAGUGACUUUCAAAAAUGGGACCACGACGACCUCGGAGAGUAACGGUGGUGUUCCCCACCAGACGCGAACCAUGCCAAGUAAGGCAUUACUGGGUGGUUGCAACCUGAACGCAACGAGCAGCGAUUAUGCGCGGGAGAAAGUACAACCGAAGGGACACUUGUACUACGUGAAAGCUCACCAUAGUUGUGGGAACCAAAAGAACUGUGACCAUGAGGCUUGA